AUUCAAUCCAAGACACAAUUAAUUCAUCUGAUUGCCUGAAACAAGAAGUAGCAGCAGCAGCAGUUAUUUAAUGGCCAGCAGAUCCGAUCAGCGUAUGAAUAUCAAAUUGCAGCAGGUGGCAAGCUGUGGCAACGUCAAGAGCCUGCGGUCGCUGAUUCGCGACGACCCGAAUAUGCUGCACUCGAAGACGGUGCAGGGUAACACCGUGCUGCACAUCGCCGCGCUGCUUGGCCACCGCGCCUUCGUCAAGGAGAUAUUGAAGCACGAGGACUUGCUGCUGCUGCAGCAGCUGCAGAAUGCUGACGGCGACACCCCGCUGCACAUCGCCCUGCGGUCGGGCCAUAAGGAGCUCGCCGCUUCGCUUGCAAACCAUGCAGUGGUGUGGCCAAAAGUAGAAGAUGAUAACAAGAGCCCGCUGCAGGCGGCGAACGCGCAGGGAAACACGGUGCUGCACGAGGCAGUGAUCUGCCAGAACGCGCCGAUUGCGCAGAAGCUGCUGGACGCUGACCCCAGCAUGGGACACGUGAAGAACAAGAGGGGAGAGACGCCGCUGGACAUCGCGGCAUGCAAUGGGCUGGCAAAGGUGGUGGAGAAGAUUCUGGAGCAUACCUCGGCCGAGAAGCACAAGGAGGUCGAGCAGGCGGUGUUCCACCGGGCCUUGCUCGGCGGGCAUAUUGAGAUCGUGAAGAUGCUGCUGGAGAGGAGAAGUGAUCUCCUCAAAGUUGUCGACGAGCAUGGCAAUAACGCCCUUCACUAUGCGGUGCGGGAAGACAAGAAGGAGAUGGUCGAGAUGCUCCUCGAGGACACUUCCCUCGCUUACCAGAACAACGAGGAAGGCCAAUCUCCGCUGCACGUAGCCGCCUUUUACGGCUCCAGCUCUGCCGUCAAAGAGAUCCUAAACAACUGCCCCGACACCGCAGAACAAGUUGACUCCAGCGGAAAGAAUGCCAUCCACAUCGCAGCCCAAAAAGGAAAGGUCCCGACACUGAAGUGCUUGUUGAAACACAUCGAACCGAAAGAGAUCAUCAACAAGGCCGACGAGGAUGGGAAUACUCCUCUCCAUCUUGCGGCGAUGCAAGCACGGAUUCAUUCGACGGUGACACUGUUGAAGGACAAGAGGAUCGAUCCGUGCCUCCAGAAUAAUAAAGGCCAAACAGCUCGAAGCAUCUACGAGGAACACUCAGAAAUUACUACAAACGGCAUGAUAGUGUGGGACAAGCUGAAGAACAAGGAAGCCAAGAAAUGCAAGAGCAAGCAGCUACCCCCGGCCGCAACAUUGCGAUCGUUCAAUAAGAAAAUGGCCUCGAGCGACCAGUACUUCGCGCUGAGCGUCAACAUAUACACUCUGAUUGCGGUGCUCAUCGCGACCGUCACAUUCGCAGCCAACUUCACCAUGCCGGGCGGCUUCAACCAGGAUCACGGAACGGCCAUCCUGGAGAAACGCCUGGCUUUCAAGGUCUUUGUGAUCGCGAACGCGAUCGCCAUGUGCAGCUCCCUCGUGGUCGUCUUCUGCUUCAUCUGGGCGUGGAAGGACCCGAUCGAGUUCAAGCUCAAGCAGCUCAUAUGGGGCCAUCGGCUCACGGUGCUCGCGUGCCUCGCGAUGCUCAUCACUUUGAUGACCGCCGUGCACUUGGUCCUUACUCCUAAGUCCUGGUGGCUGUCAAUUGCCGUGAUUCUGAUCGGGUGCAGCACUCCGGCUGUUGCCUGGCUUAUACUUGGCCGCGAGGUCUUGUUCAUUCCGCUGAGGUGAUGAUGUUGUUUUCUUCUUCUUCUUUUUCUUUUCUUUUUUGGCGAAAAUGUUCGACAAGUACAGUAAAUUGAGUGCGCGAUAUGUAUUAACCAUGUAAAAAAGAAGUUACAGACACAAAUAAAAUGUUCA